UUUGCUGUAAACUACCUACCGUAGCUAUAAUGACACCAGCCCUCAGAGAGGCAGCAACCAAAGGUCAUGGUAUCCACUUGUCACCUUCUUUGUCCUCUAGAGCUAUGGAGUCUGAUACAGCUUUGUGCAUGGGAAAUUCCAGAGCAGUGGAAGAGAAGAUCAAAGAGGACUCCAUCGCACAGAUUACUUGCUCAGUCCUGGGGUUCUCCACUGCUGAGCCCACCCUCAGGAAUGACCUCUUCGGCGUGCAGCGUUUCGGCUCUCCGCCAUCCUCCAAGCGCUAUCAGUCUGUCUUGCUAAUGAGCACCAAUUCUGCCUUUAGCCACAGAAGCGGCAAGCAAACGAAAGGGGGAGAGCCCCACGGCUCCCAGGUGAGAAAUUCAUUGCAGAAUGGGGCUGACACAUCGCUUGGGCAGAUCAGCCGUUCGCACCCCGAGGAGCAGGGCAAAGGAGGAAUGUUGCCGGCGAGCGCCUCUCCCAGCGUGGCGGAAACGCAGGGACUGUUGGCUUCGAACGUCACCGAGUCCGGCCCUGCGGAAGAGAUGCAGCUCUUAAACGGGAAAUGGUACAAGAAGAAUGGGUUUUUGGGUAGGGCUUUGGAAGUCUGCACUGAAACAGUAAAAGGGGAUUUGCUACAGCAAAUUCUUCGCGGGCCUUCGAAAGGGCUUUCGAGCGGCACCCAGGAGGAGGUGUGCGCGCGCUUGCUCCAGUGUGUCACCAAGCAACAGAUGGAAAUCAGCCGUGCCAAAAGAACUCAGAAACGUUUACAAAUGCUCCUGGCAAAACACAUUAUCAAACACUGUGAUCAGCAGCUCAAAUGCUUUGUGAAACAUCAGCUACAAAGAAUGAAGGUUUUCCACGAGCCAACCAGGCUUUUGAGCGGUGGCUCCCUCAGGUGCGCUGAAGGGUGGCCAGAGAACGGCGCAGCUGCUUUGGAGAGUAGUUGCAGCGCGGAUGUACAGAAGGAGGUUAGCCUGGCGCCAGGUGAGAUCCGGGGGUUUGCACUUUCUUCUGGAGGGCUGCUGUCUCGUGUGGAGCAGGACCUGGACUCUGAUGCCACGUGUAGCAGCUCAGAUGACGAUGGUGAGGACCAGACUGUAAGAACAACUGUGGAAGCCAGCUAUGCUUCUGAGUGGAAGUGGCUUGCAGACAGAGCUAGAAUUGGCAGCCGCUGGACGUGGCUUCAGGCCCAGAUUUCAGAACUAGAAUACAAAAUCCAACAGCUAACUGACCUUCACAGGCAGAUACGUGCCACCAAGGGGAUGGUGAUCAUAGAAGAAUUGCCCUUUCCAAAAGACCUUUUGAAGAAGCAGAUGCACUUGACAGACCAAGAAGCUUUAUUGAGCACCAGAGGGGCCUCACAAGCUGCCAUUGAGAGGCAGGAUGACUUGGAGAUGUCACCCAGCAGCCCUACCCUGCUCUUACGAAACAUAGAGAAACAGAGUGCACAACUGAGUGAAAUCAUCAGCAACCUCAUUGCUCCACUCAACCUGGCUCCAGCUUCUUCACCUCUUUCAUCCAAGACCUGUCGGCACAGACAGCUGGUCAACGGCAUCUCCUUCAGAGCUCCAGACAGCACAGAGGUAUCCUCUUCCAGCAGCUGGUUGCUUGAUCACCAGCACAUCAAGAAAAGAAGAAGGGACAGGACAAGACUGAGAUCCCUCUCUGUGACUAAUGUGAGCACGUCUGCCCGAACCAGGCCGCUUCAUAGCUUCCAGAAGAGGAAACUCUACAGAAUGCACAGUGCCUGUUACUGGAAUCAGCAGACCUCUCCAUCUAGAGAUGACUCCUUUCCACACCCAGCUGGGUCACGCUGGGUUGUACCAGCCUCCGCGUGGAGCUGCAGUGAGCACAGUGCAGGACACAAGCUGCUGGAUUAUGUGCAAGAGCUGGACUCUGCCUUUCAUCCAGUCUUAUCAUUCCCUUCAGAUAUUCCUCUUCAUGUAUACUUUGAGACAUUGUUAAGGAAGGAUGACAUCAAAGGAGAACCUGUUGAUACCUCAUCUUUGGGAGUGGAAUUAAAAGCAUCUCCUGACAAUGACUGCAACCAACACCACGUUUCUGCCAACCAGUGGAGCAGUGGCUGUUUGUCUGCUUCCAAACCUGGAACAUCUGACCAGCUGUCAGAAGGAAGAAAGAAAAGACAUCUGAGUGAGACAGCAGUAGGGGAGCGGAGCGGCAGCUUUGAGGCCUUCUCCUUCCAGCAUGCAGAACCAGAACCCCACGGCGCCACGGCUCGGCCUGCUCCCACCACAGCCUCCCAGCAUAACUCCAGGAGGAGGUUGAGAAGUGAGAGCUCCUAUGACAUAGACAACAUUGUUAUUCCCAUGUCACUGGUGGCACCAUCCAAGCUGGAGAAACUACAGUACAAAGAAAUCCUUACCCCAAGCUGGAGAGUCGUUGAAUUUCAACCUUUAGAAAAAUCUCCUGCAGAUGAAGAAGAGGUGGAAGAUCUGUCGGACGAAGCUUUCUCCUUCCGCCACGCCAAGUACGAAGAGAGAGAGCGAGCGCGGUGGUCGCUGUGGGAGCAGAGCCGCUGGCCCAGGAGGAACAGCAGAUCUUACAGCAAGAGCGCCGAUGGCCGGCACAGCCAGGAUGCGGUGCAGAAGGACCAGCACAGCAGCUCCACCGCCGAGCUUCCUCCUGACUCAGCUUCAGAAGCCCACAGCUCUGUUUGUUCAGGGAUUGCACAACUCUGCAGAGAGAGCCAGGAAGCGAAGUCUGGACUGUGGGAACUUCGAGUUUUCCCCCUGAAAGACAAAGAAGUCGAAGCUCUGCUGUGCCAGGAUCAAGCAGGGAGUCAGAGUGAAGCGUCAAGCGCAGCUCUGCCCAGUGACUCUCUCUGCGCCUCGCCCCCCGCCGCCGGCUCGCCGGACAGCGGCCACCCGCCCCGCAGCCACCCCCCCGAGGAGCCGGGAGACAGAGAGAACCUCUGCCUGGGCAGCAGCAGCACCAGAAAGCAGAGGUGACAGGGAAUGAGGUGGUUCAUUAAGAGAGCCAACUGAGGUGGAGAAAG